CUUCUCUCCAUCGUCACGUUACUCCUCGUGUUCGCCAGCAAUGUCGUCACCCUAGUGCACGAUCUCCAGGCUUUCAACCAGUUCCAAGCUGGUAAAAGCGUUUCUCAGAUCGGAUUUAACGCCACUGUUGAGGGUAUCCUGGAUGGCGACUACAUCCCAUCUAGCUCUAUUCCCAAUCAGCCUGCCGGUGUGUUCUGGGCGGUGCUCAAUCGCCUGCUCAUCGUCGCGCAAGUCACAUUCUGUUGUUCUCCGAAUUUGGAUGGCCUUCGGCGCUCUUCAAUCGAUACUUCCCGGUUAUGGGAAAGAGUUUUGGGCUCGGGCCGUUGGGGGUUAUGCAAUGCCUUCUCGGUGCAGCAAUCUUGUCGCAUCGUGUCGACCAGUUUUCUCUCGUUUCUGCGUUUUUCAUGUUCUCGAUCGGCUGUCUCAAUAUCUUCUUUGGCCUGGUGUUUCGUGAAUCGGCCAGGGCAAGCGGUCUUUCACGUCGUGGCGUGA